CGGUUCGCCAUCUAUGUCCCAAACCUUCGCCAUGGUCUAAAGCGCAGCAAGUCUCUACAUGCCGCCGUCUUCGGUGUUUCGUUUCCCAUGCCAUGGAUUUCCGUUUCCCCUUCCGCAGCAUCCCGCGCCUCCCGUGCCCGCCGUCGCACCUUCGCUCGCCCACCUGCCCUCCGCGGCCACCGCCGGUCCACCACGUCCCCCUCUGCCCAGAAUACUCUGUCUUCCUCCGACGGUAAGCUCUCCGCCUUCUGCGCCGCCGUCGCCGAGUCCGCCCGGCUCCGCAUCGCCACGCCUCUGCUCUCACCCGGCUCCAUCCCCUCCCGUCCCAGCCCAUCCGCCUACAACGCUCUCAUGAAAUCCUUCUCCCGCUGCGGCGACGCCGACGAGGUCCUCCGCCUCUUCCACGAGCUCAGGCGCUCGCACCGCACUCCGAACGCCCUCUGCUACAAUACCCUACUCAACUCCCUCGUUGUCGCCAACCGCCACGGCCAUGCCGAAGCCUUGUUCGACGAAAUGAUAGCAUCAGGUGUCGCCCCUACCACUUCCUCCUACACCAUUCUUAUAAAGUUGUUGUCUUUCUACCCGAACCUCAUCGAUUCGGCAUACGAGGUCAUCCGCUUCAUGGUCCGGUCCGGCUGCCAACCGGACGCAAUCACCUACUCGACCCUCGUAGCAGGGCUCUGCCGAGCAGGGAGAAUAGAGGAGGCUUGGGGUGUUUUGGAUCAAAUGAUGGAGGACAAGUUGCUGCCGACCGUCCAAUCUUACACUUGUAUCGUUCAGUGUUAUUGCUCGGAAGGUAGGAUCGAGGAGGCCAAAAGACUAGUUGGUGUGAUGGAGAGUGUUGGAUGUCAGCCAGACGUUGUAACUUAUAGUGUCUUAAUUGGGGCAUUUUGCCAGGCUGGGGAAUUUGGCGAGGUUGAGAAGGUUUUGAAGGAGAGCGAGGAGAAAGGAUGGAAGCCAAAUGAGUUUACCUAUAAUAUCUAUAUGAAUGGUCUUUGUAAGGCAGGUAAAUUUGACGAAGCAUUUCAGCUGUUAGAAGUCAUGCGGGCAAGUGGAUUGCAUCCUACAAUAGAUACUCUCAACAUACUUUUUGAUUGUCUCUGCCAAGAUUCUAAGGUUUGGGAGGCAAAAUGUUUGUUGGAGAGGAGCUCUGAAUUAGAAUGGGAUGUAGAUGUCUUCUUCUAUAACACCUUGAUGAGUAGGUUUUUCGAGAUAGGUGAGUUGGGUACUGUUCUGAAGCUGUUGAGCGAGAUGUUAAAGAAGGGGAUUGAUCCUGACACUUGUACAUUUACCAUUGUGAUCCGAAGCCUUUGCAAAGCUGGGAUGCUUCAGCAAGUUAAAUGCAUUAUCAACAAUAAGGGUUUUGUUGCUGAUGUUGUCGCCUUUAACACUGUGUUACAUGAGUUUUACAUGUUGGAAGAGUUAAAUGAUGUGCGGAAAGUUUAUUCAUAUAUGAUAGCUGAAAAUGUUACUCCAAAUAAGUUCACAUACUGCAUCAUGAUUGAUACUCUCUGCAGUGAGGGGAACUAUUUGGAUGCUAUUGAUCUCCUUCUUGGAUCUUUUAGAUUUGGGUUCUUUCCUGACCUGGUUAUUCGUCUAAAUAACUGGCUGGUGAAGUCUGGAAAGCUGAGAGAAAUUUUAAACCUCGCUGAAGAAAUAUUGAGCAGAGGUCUAGUUAUAAAUGUUUCUAUAAUCACUUCGCUGGUCAGGGUAUUUUGCAGGGAGGGUUAUUGCAAAAGCAACAAUGUUUACCGAGUUUGUCUAGUACUUGACAAAGUGCUGGGGAUGAGAUAGUUCAUCUCAGGACUAUAUCACACAUUUUUUAUGAGUUUGCCUCAUUGGACAUCAUUAGCUUACUGAAGGUACAAACUUGACUUGGACUUCAUACUAAUUACUGAAAUGUUUGUUACAAGAGAGAAUUUUCAGGAUUCUCAGCUUCAGGGGGUUUUUGAGAUACAUAUUUCUUCUGGAAAUAAAGGGUAUAUAUGAUGACAUUGUGGAUUCCUCUUUUGUUAAAUUGAUUUUGCUACUGUUAAGAGGAGGAGAUAAUGGACUAUUGAACCAAGAGGUUCGAUCUGCUGCAGUACAAGUCUUGGUACUGAUCAUACUUUCCAUGUAAUCCAUGACCAGAAGAUCCUCAGUUUCCUAUCUUUUAUAUUUGGAAUGGUGUCUUCCUGAAUAGGCUGCAUGGAAGAAUGAUCAAACCAGCAUCAAUCCGAAAAAACUGUGGAUUUAUUGUAUGAUACUGCUCUGAUUUCUCGUGGAUUCUCUCUAUAUAUGAGAUGAUGGUGAUCAAUCUCAGCAGAAGAUCAGGAGAUCAGAAUCAGAAUUAAGUGGUAGAAGGAGUUGACCAGGAGGCAAGAAGCUCUGAAUCUGGAUCUUCAGAGGUGACAGUGGUGGAUGUGGUUUGAACCGUCGGAAGUGAGGAUGGAGGAUGAUCCAUGGAACGAUUAAGCAUCUUCUAGUAGGUAAUUAAAUUUUUGAGGAUUUGGAUAAAGGAGUUGACAAGGGAUUUUGGUGUGUAGGAUGAGGGCAUAAAUGUAGUCAGUAAGAUGAAUUUGACAGGUGACAUUUAUGAGAAGGAUGCAGCCACUCUUGUACUGCAUGUAUUCAUUUUGUAGCCUACAGCUAUUAACAUCACAAAACAUUAGAUAAUCAUUUUGGAAGAAAAUGGUGAUGGCAUUUUCCAGGAA